AUGGGAGGGGGAGAGAAGGAAAAUGGAGGAGAUGGUAAGGAAAAGGGAGAGAAAGAGAAGCGGGAAAAGGACAACACUAUUGAUCCUGGGGAACACAGGGACAACACUAUUGAUCCUGGGGAACACAGGGACAACACUAUUGGUCCUGGGGAACACAGGGACAACACUAUUGAUCCUGGGGAACACAGGGACAACACUAUUGAUCCUGGAAAACACAGGGACAACACUAUUGAUCCUGGGGAACACAGGGACAACACUAUUGAUCCUGGGGAACACAGGGACAACACUAUUGAUCCUGGGGAACACAGGGACAACACUAUUGAUCCUGGGAAACACAGGGACAACACUAUUGAUCCUGGGGAACACAGGGACAACACUAUUGAUCCUGGGGAACACAGGGACAACACUAUUGAUCCUGGGGAACACAGGGACAACACUAUUGAUCCUGGGGAACACAGGGACAACACUAUUGAUCCUGGGGAACACAGGGACAACACUAUUGAUCCUGGGGAACACAGGGACAACACUAUUGAUCCUGGGGAACACAGGGGACAACACUAUUGA